UUUGAAUGUUAAAUCAUUUUCCAUAUAGGAAGGACUCGAUUUAUACUGGUAAUCUGUCGAGUAGAAUGGAAAAUUACGAAACGCUUACUUCAAAUUGGCUGAAGUGGGAUAAUAACGAACAAAGUCAUGCAGAAAUUGACGAAUUAUGGAAGAAAAAAGAUGUUGGAGAGUUGAAAUCAAGAAUGUGUGGCAAGCUAUCGUUUGGUACAGCUGGUGUGCGAACAAAAAUGGAAGCUGGUUUCUGUCGGCUGAACGAUUUGACAGUACUGAUGCUCACCAGUGGUUUUGCCGCACACUUGAAAGAUGUGUAUAAACGUCAGAGCAGUGGUGUCGCCAUUGGUUAUGAUGGUCGUCACAACAGCGAACGUUGGGCUACACUGGCUGCGAAUGUAUUUGUUCAUAAUGGGAUCAAAGUAUAUCUAUUUUCAAAAUGUUGCCCAACACCACUUGUGUCGUAUGCAACAAUACAACUCAAAUGUGAUGCUGGUUUGAUGAUAACAGCUUCUCAUAAUCCAAAACAAGAUAAUGGCUACAAAGUUUAUUGGACAAACGGAGCGCAGAUAUUGGCACCUCACGAUUCGGAAAUAUGUCGACUUGCUUAUGAAAAUAUGGAACCAAAGCCGGAGUAUUGGGAUAUAUCAAAACUUUCAGCCCAUUCACUUUCACAUUCAGCUGAUCCCGUAAUAGAAAAAUAUUUCGCCGAAGAAUUGUCCUUGUGUCGUUAUAAGUCUCUGAAUGAAAAAUGUCCGAUAAAAUUCACUUAUACCGCAUUCCAUGGCGUUGGAGUACCGUAUAUGAUAAGGAUGUUGAAAGAUUUCGGAUUCCCAUCUGAAAAGAUAGUUAUUGUAAAGGAGCAUGCAGAGCCAAAUCCGGACUUUCCAACAUUACCAUUUCCAAAUCCGGAAGAAGGUCAGAAAGUGUUCACAAUACCUAUAGCAACAGCUGAUAAACAUAAUUCUAACAUAAUUUUGGCCAACGAUCCAGAUGCCGAUCGUUUUCAGUUAGCGGAAAAACAGCCCAAAGGUGAAUGGAAGAUUUUCACGGGGAAUGAAAUGGGCGCUCUGAUUUCGUGGUGGAUUUGGCAUUGCUGGCGAGAGCAAAAUCCACAAAAGGAUCCCUCAAAUCUGUACAUUAUAAACAGUGCUGUUACGUCUUCGAUAAGUCGUACUAUUGCUACCAAAGAAGGUUUCAAAACUGAACAAGGUUUAACGGGAUUUAAAUGGUUAGGAAAUAAAGCGGAUGAGCUUCGCCGUCUUGGGAAAACUGUGCUGUUCGCAUGGGAAGAAUCAAUUGGUUUCAUGCUGGGGCAUGCUCUUGAUAAAGAUGGUAUUACUGCGGCGGCAACAUUUGCUGAAUUGACAUCUUAUUUAUAUUCCAAGCAAUUAACUCUUGCUGAACAACUCCUCAACAUUUACAGCGAAUAUGGUUUCCAUCUGAUUAGCAGUUCGUAUUGGUUUGUACCCAAUCAAACAACUAUGAAGAGCAUUUUUGCAAAAAUGCGAAAGGAUAAUAAGUAUCCUCAAAAAAUCGGGAAACUGGUUGUUAAAUAUGUGCGUGACCUGACGGUUGGGUAUGAUAAUGAGCAACCUGGAAAUAAACCAAUUCUUCCACUCAGUACUUCAUCCGAAAUGAUUACAUUCACAUUAUCGGACGGUAGUUGGACAACAAUACGGGCAAGUGGAACUGAACCAAAGAUCAAAUAUUAUAUUGAAUUUAAAUCACCACCAGGCAAAACGAAGAAAGACUUAGUUGAUGUACAGAAACAACUUGCUGAACUAGAGCAAGCAGUAAUUGACAAUUUGUUGGAGCCAAGAAUCAAUGGCCUGAUUGCAAGAUGCUAAAGUCAUACGAUCAGUAUUGUCUUUCACUAACUGCAUUGUCCUCAUUUUUGUUGUCAAAUAAUAGAAAUUUCGAGUUUUAUGACAUUUGGAAUUUCAAGAGUUUUGAACUCCUACUUCAUUAUAAAAUAAAAACCUAAUCUGUUUCAAUUCUGCUACGAAACUAG